GGAGAUUGCUGAUGCCUAUUUUCGCAGCUUUGUGGCCCAUUGUUUGGAGGGUUUGCGCACGUGACCACCCUUGGGACGACCACUUCAAGGCAGUGAGACAAUUAUGCAAAGGUGUGGGUGCUAGUUUGAAUGCAAUGUCUUCGAGGCUCGGCCUUGAAGAUAAUCGACACGUACUGAGCUUCUAACCACACAACAAGGUGAUAUUGCUCCUCAAAAGAGAAAUGGCUCUUUCCUCCUGUUUGACUGUCAUUUGUUUGCUCCGAGCCCCCAUUGGUUGUGAUUCCAGGUUUGGCACUGUCAGAGUCGGUACGGUUUUCUCUUUGACGGGCGUACCCGCAGAGAGCAAUAUUCAUCAUCCAACCGCUCCUUCCUCAGGUAAACCUUCAGCCUUCUCUUCCUACCUCACCCGUCCCUCUUCUUCUCUCGCACUGCAGAAAUUCUCAACUGCCUGGUGCCAGCUGCUUUGCCUAGUCGCAACCUUUCGCCAGAGUUAUUCCCACCUUACGAAGUCGCCUGGCUCAUAGUUGCCGAACUCAUCACCUUUUUCUCCUCCGUGAGUCACACAGGUGACUCCCAUCUUGUCACUAGAUAUCUACUUCACUCCUGUUCGGUUGCGACUAUUCGCCUCAGCAUGUACAAGCAAGUGGGGCCCCAGAUACACAACCUAGACUCGAUCGAGUCGACCGCCAACUUCAUGGCUGCCGCAGCCAGAUUCAACCCUCGCCAUGGAAUCAAGAGACUUGGUCAGCAGGAGGAGUCCAACUCUCUUGAUCGUAUCCUUGCCGAUCAGCGAGCCCCUACCGACAGGACAGGGCUUGGAUAUGCCCCAGAGCCGGUUGCUUCCCAGGAGAAUCCCUCCGGUAUUGUCUCGAGUAUUCCGUACAGAGACAAGGAUGGGUGGCACGUUCCCCCGAUUACACGAGAGGCCCUCGAGGAGUCGGCUAGAAUUGCGAUGGCCCCUCCCCAGUCACAGUCUCAUGCCGACGAUUGGGGUGAUGGUUGCGGCCCGGCUGCCCCCAAUAAUUGGGACGACAGUUGGGGCUCGACUCCUGCUCUGAAGUCUGGUUGGGACGAGGAUUGGGGUUCGGCUCCCGCUGUGAAGAUUGAGAAUUCGACAUCUGCCGCCAAUGUUCAGAAGAGCGGGUCACGCGUGAUCCCAAAGCCUGGACCGGGCACUGGUAGCUAUGGGUUCCCUUUAGCAGCUCCAAGUGGUUGGUAUGACGCACCGGGCCCAUCAACUUCGAGAGGAAACUGGGGCACAACUGUCGAUUCACCUUACGAUCCAAAAGUAAAUCAGUCGAGACGCUAUAUAGCCCCUCAUCUCCGUCAGAAAUUCGUGUCUGCGGCCACCCAGCCUGGCCAGCCUGGGCCAACAGGUGCUGCUUCAACUUCGAGGCAGAAUCCAUCGACUGCCCAAGUCGAGAAAGCGAGCCUUCCUGUAUCUACUAGUACAGCCCAACCCAUGCCUCUCGCUCACACCCCUGCCAAACGCCCGUCGAGUGAGUGCUUGGCGAUUCUCCCACUCAAGGCUGAGAACAUCUCUCCAGAUCUUACUACAUAUAGGAUCCCCCGUCCCGACAUGAACUUUCAUGGCUCUGAGAAUAGCCCUCCCGCCUCGGUGAGCACCAUUGAUAUCAGCGAUACGGGCGUCCAAGAACUUCCGGGCACCCGUGACGUUCGCAACUGCAUUGCCUUGGAGAGGGAUGUUUUUGUGGACAGGCAAGGUAAAUUUUACCAGACCAAUUGGGCGAAGGCAUUUCACCAUCGUGACAAUGAUGACGAGUACUUCGACACCGAGCAUUAUCUCACGCCUUUCGUCACUACUUGGGUCCAGGGUGUUCCAGACGACGUGAGGCCUCGAUUUCUUCGUGAUGAGGUACCUGACCAUUGGAAGUCCGAUGUCGACACCAACACCGGCUUACUUGUGGAGCCUGUUCACUUCCCUGACACAAUUAUAGGCGAGAAUUCCGCGCUGACGGGGGAAGAGGACUGGCGACGACGUAACUGGUCCAGCAAUCUCCUGAUUCACCGCAGAUUUGCUGAGCAACACAAGUACAAAAAGAAGAAGGGCCUCAAGGCUCAAGAACGUCAGUUGGCCUACAAGCCGGGGAAAGUGGAAGAGUACGUCAAGCCUGAGCCCCAGCCGGAGGAUGAAGCGACUGCAAUGACUCCUCACGAUCGGGGUGUUCCCAAGAUUCCGGCCUUCCUACGCCCCGCCGAAGUGGUUGAUAUGAGAGCAGUCAGCCAAAUCUAUGAGGCUGAAAUGAGGAGUGGCUUUCAGGUUGUUGACUCGGAACCCCCUACGGCUGAAGAUUGGGAAACGGUCUUGCGGACCUCCCGUGAGUUCUCAAUGCCUUUCAUCGUCGCCGUCUACGGCAGCGCUCGUGGUUUGCGUUUGAAGGAGGGUAACCUUCAGUGGUCCGACGAACCCCAAGUCCCUUACAAUGAGCAGGAUGCCGCAAGGCAAGGAUUUGUCAAGGGUCAAAUCCUUGGGUUUGCCUAUGCCAGCGUUUGGCAGCCAGGCAUCGCUGGCAGUGGACAAGGCACAAGCCGGUAUACGGCCAGACUCCAUGUCUGGGUUGAUCCCAAGCAUCGUCGGAAUAAAUUGGGAUUCUGUCUCCUCGACAAGCUGCUGGCUUUCAUGUCGCCCCCGCACAUUCCUCGCACGGGAAUCGAUUUUAUCGACAUCCACAACAAUCCGAUUUACCACAAGUUGCAAGAUGACGAUUUGAAGGGAACCCCCAUGGAGGAGCUGAAGAAAGAGGAGGCCAGACGGAACAGGCCCAGGAAGUAUUACAACGUCCAAAUCAGCUACAAGUUCAAGCACAGGCCCCGCUGGCAACUGAACAACCCGACACGACACCCAGCUCUCAAGGAUUAUGUCAAGGACUUGGACUGGGUGAAGAAGUUGUUGGAAGAGAAGCUUCCAUUCAUCAAGCUGGUCACAUUUGAGGCUGUCCAUCAGUCAUCGAAGCUGAGGGAGCCGAAGGAAGAAGAUGGCAACAAGAAAGUCUUCUGGCUGGAUGAGUUUGUGUGGGAGUAUUACUGCACCUCAGGCCUGCCUGAUUCUGAUGAUGGCUUCUAGUUCUCGAGAGUGGCUGAUCUGGGCUGGCGGAGAGCAAGGGGUCCUUGUCAACGGGGAGGGGAGGGGAGGAGUCUGCCUUGAGGCAGAAGGUUUUUACGGUUGAAAGUAGUAAUUUAUGCAUUACUGACAUAUUGGUAAUAUUUGCGGCCAUCUUCCAAGAUGGAAUUACCAGCGUGGGAAGAUAAUUACUGUGGAUGUGUAGGUUUAGUGUGUCAUGGUCGAAAGGAGGGCGAAAGGGUCUAUACAGACAUAAUCAUUGUGACAUUAGUUUGGUAGUCGGUGGGCAAAGGAAAAGAGAAACAACCAGCGGUUGUUGUAUUAUAG